AUGGAUAUCAUGGAUGUCUAUCAGUUAAAACAAAUUAUUACAGAACCAACUCGAAUCACAAAUUAUUCUCAAUCAUUAAUCGAUGUAUUUAUUACAAAUAAUCCUCAUAAAGUAAAUACCAGUGGGGUGAUUCGAAUCGGCAUUAGUGACCACUAUAUGAUCUAUGUAAGUACAAAGGUAUCCAUCGGCAAAUCACUUCCUAAAAUUGUGGAGUCAACAUCUUUCAAAAACUACAACAAAGUCGCAUUUAAAAGUGAUUUGCUAAAUAUGCUUAAUUCUUCUUUUAUAGGACUAGAAUUAGAACUAGACCCAAACGUAAUGUGGCUAAAAUGGCGUAAUGUGUUUACCUCUAUAGUGGAAAAGCAUGCUCCACUAAGAAUACGUAAAGUUAGAAGUCAACACACCCCAUGGUUAACUAGUGAAAUUAAAAAGGAGAUGAAUCAUCGAGACUAUUUAAAACAAAAGGCAACUCGGACAAAUUCUCGGUAUUUCUACCAAGCUUAUAAAGUAGCACGAAACAAAACCAAUAAAAUAAUACAAAAAGCUAAGUCAGAACAUUUCAAAAGCAUAAUAAACAGUAAUAUUAAUAACCCAAAGCAGCUUUGGAAAAGUGUCAAUAUCAUUAGAGGCAAAGGUUCGAAAACAACAAAUAUUUCUUCCCUAAAUCAAGAAGAUGAUACUGUUGUAGGAGACAAGAAUAUUGCAGAAACACUUAAUUCGUAUUUUGUUAAUGUGGGUCCAUCACUAUCAGGAGAUUUACCGGAGAGUGAAAAAAGUUACGUUGAUUUUGUGCAAUAUUCUGCUAAUACUACAUUUACCUUCAACGACAUUACUGAAAAUGACACUCUAAAGUUGCUUCAAGGUUUAAAAACAUCAAAGGCGGCCGGGCCAGAUAAAAUAAGUGCCAGAUUUGUCAAGGAUUCUGCUGAAGUAAUCUGUCAAACAUUAACAUUAAUUUUUAACAGAUCCUUGCAACAAGGAAUAUUUCCAGAGGAUUUAAAAACUGCUUUUGUCUUGCCUAUUUUUAAAGAUGGCGACAAAACUGACUGUAGCAACUAUAGACCUAUUUCCGUACUAUCAAUAGUGGCAAAAAUAUUCGAAAAAAUUGUUUACAAUCAAUUAAUUACCUAUAUAGAUGAAAAUAACAUAUUGUCAAACAAUCAAUUCGGAUUUCGAAAGUCACAUUCAACAUUAACAUCUAUGUUAAAUGCUACAAAUAAUUGGCUUUUGAAUAUCGAUAAAGGUCUUAUAAACGGUGUUUUGUUUCUGGAUUUACGGAAAGCAUUUGAGACACAGUUGAUCAUGAAAUAUUACUUAAUAAGCUAA